UUAAAUUAGAAAAUUCUUGUUGUUUUUUGCUGAUAUUCAAUGAUGAGAGGUGCUUUCUGUUUUCUAAAAACUUUAAACUCAUUAUUGAUUGGUAUGAAAUAAUAUAAGUUUUUUAUAUUAACCAAUCAGAGAUUCGUUAUAACGGAAUAUAAAAAGGAAUUUGCUUUGGCGUUUUAAGUAGAGGCGCCAUCUACAGAUCAGCUCAAUUCCUUGUAAUUGUUCUUUACAGUGAGGUUCAAUAAACAUUAUUUGAUUAUAAAUUGUGCUCUAUCACUUUAACAGUGAUUUACAAUGGUUUCCUUGAAUCCUGUCAGAAUUCUCAAAAAUGAGGCAGAGGAAGAAAAAGCAGAAAUUGCUAGAUUAAGUUUAUUUGUAGGAGCAAUAGCUAUUGGUGAUUUAGUAAAAUCUACACUUGGUCCUAAAGGUAUGGACAAGGUAUUAGUAGCUCAUGGUCGAUCUGCAGGACAAGUUCAAGUUACCAAUGAUGGAGCAACAAUUCUUAAAAAUGUUGGUGUAGAUAAUCCUGCUGCUAAAAUUUUAGUAGACAUGUCUCGUGUACAAGAUGAUGAAGUUGGUGAUGGUACUACUUCUGUGACUGUUCUUGCUGCUGAAUUAUUAAGAGAAGCAGAAAAAUUAAUUGAUCAAAAAAUUCAUCCACAAACUAUAAUUGCUGGUUGGAGGAAUGCAACAAAUGUAGCAAGAGAAGCUUUAAAAAAUGCUACAGCUGAUAAUUCUGCUGAUCCUGAAUGUUUCCGUGAAGAUCUGUUAAAUAUUGCUCGCACGACCUUGAGUUCAAAAAUUCUAUCCCAACAUAAAGAACAUUUUAGUAAGCUUGCAGUAGAUGCUGUGAUGCGUCUUAAAGGAUCUGGAAAUUUAUCAGCUAUUCAAGUAAUUAAGAAACGUGGAGGAACUUUAGCUGAUUCAUUUCUUGAUGAUGGAUUUUUGUUAGAUAAAAAGCCUGGAGUACAUCAGCCACAAAGAGUAACUGAUGCACGUAUACUCAUAGCAAAUACUCCCAUGGAUACAGAUAAAAUUAAAGUAUUUGGAUCUAGAGUUAGAGUUGAUUCAAUGGCAAAAAUUGCAGAGUUAGAAGCAGCAGAAAAAGAAAAAAUGAAAGAUAAAGUUGACAAGAUCAUAAAACAUGGCUGCAAUGUUUUUGUUAAUAGACAAUUAAUUUAUAAUUAUCCAGAACAAUUGUUUGCUGAUGCUAAUAUUAUGGCUAUUGAACAUGCCGAUUUCGAUGGUAUCGAACGACUUGCUCUUGUUACUGGUGGAGAAAUAGUCAGUACUUUUGAUAAUCCUGAUAUGGUGAAACUUGGCAAAUGUGAUCUUAUUGAACAGGUGAUGAUAGGUGAAGAUACUUUAUUACGAUUUUCAGGAGUUCCUUUAGGAGAAGCUUGUACGGUAAUCAUUAGGGGUGCGACCCAGCAAAUUCUUGAUGAAGCUGAGAGGUCUUUACACGAUGCACUUUGUGUAUUAUCAGCUACCGUUCGCGAAUCAAGAAGUUAUGGUGGAGGAUGUAGUGAGAUGAUAAUGGCUUGUGCCGUUAUGAAAGCUGCUGCUUCUACUCCUGGAAAAGAAUCAGUUGCAAUGGAAUCUUUUGCUCGAGCAUUGCAACAAUUACCUACUGUUAUUGCUGAUAAUGCUGGUUACGAUUCAGCUCAACUAAUUAGUGAAUUACGAGCUGCACAUAACUCUGGUGCAAAUACUAUGGGUUUGGAUAUGGAACGAGGAAAAGUAGGUUGUAUGAAACAAUUAGGGGUAACUGAAUCUUGGGCUGUGAAGAGACAAGUUCUACUUAGUGCAGCAGAAGCAGCAGAAAUGAUUUUACGUGUGGAUGAUAUUUUACGAGCAGCGCCCAGAAAGCGUGUUAAGGAUCGUGGACGUUGUUAAUUACAAAUGUUCAUUUAUUGCUUUAUUUGUAUUUGCUUUCUUUCAUAUUACAAAUUAUAAUCAAAUAAUAAACUAUUUAGCUUCAUUAUUUUGUUAAGAAAUAUUAAUUAAACAUAUUAAUAAUUUCUUAAAUGCUAUAUAUUAUUUUGCGUUAUAAAUCUUAUAUCGCUAUUCAAAAGAAAAGUAUAAAAGGGAUUUAAAUAUGAAAAAUAUAUACAUUUUGUAAUCAUCAUUUUUUAUAACAAUAUAACAGAUUUAACAUCAAUAAAUGCUUGAUAACGUGAA